CACCCGGCGAGCCCAGCUCAGCGCAGGCAGCGCGCGGCUGGGAGCUCUGAGCCGGGAUCGCGGAGCUCGGCGCUGCGGAGCCCGGGCCGGGACGCGCGCGUGCCGGAGCCUGCCGGGCCAACUGAAGUGCCGUCGGGGCGGGGGCCGGGCGCGGGAUGGCGCAGCCGCGGCCCCCGGCGCCCCCUGGCCGUCCGCGGCGGGGCUCGCUGCCUGCUGGGGCUGGUUGGCAGAACACAGAUCUGUUUGAGAUGAUUGAAAAGAUGCAGGGAAGCAGGAUGGAUGAACAACGAUGCUCCUUCCCACCACCCCUCAAAGGUCACCUCCAGGCAAGCCCUGCCCCAUCCGAGAGACGACAGAGGAGGACUACAUUCCCUACCCGAGCGUUCACGAGGUCCUGGGACGAGAGGGGCCCUUCCCCCUCAUCCUUCUGCCCCAGUUUGGGGGCUACUGGAUUGAAGGUACCAACCACGAAAUCACUAGCAUCCCAGAGACAGAGUCACUGCCAUCACCCACGACCAAGGUGAAGCUGGAGUGCAACCCCACAGCCCGCACCUACCGGAAGCACUUUCUUGGCAAGGAACAUUUCAAUUACUACUCACUGGACACUGCCCUGGGCCACCUUGUCUUCUCACUCAAGUAUGAUGUCAUUGGGGACCAGGAGCACCUGCGGCUGCUACUCAGGACCAAGGGCAGGACAUACCAUGAUGUCAUCCCCAUCUCCUGCCUCACCGAGUUUCCCAAUGUGGUCCAGAUGGCAAAGCUGGUGUGUGAAGAUGUGAACGUGGAUCGAUUCUAUCCUGUGCUCUACCCCAAGGCUUCCCGCCUCAUCGUCACCUUUGACGAGCAUGUUAUCAGCAAUAACUUCAAGUUUGGAGUCAUUUAUCAGAAGCUUGGGCAGACCUCUGAGGAAGAACUCUUCAGCACCAAUGAGGAAAGCCCCGCCUUCGUGGAGUUCCUUGAAUUUCUGGGGCAGAAGGUCAAACUGCAGGACUUUAAGGGGUUCCGAGGAGGCCUGGACGUGACCCACGGGCAGACGGGGACCGAGUCUGUGUACUGCAACUUCCGCAACAAGGAGAUCAUGUUUCACGUGUCCACCAAGCUGCCCUACACAGAAGGGGACACCCAGCAGUUGCAGCGGAAGCGACACAUCGGGAAUGACAUCGUCGCUCUGGUCUUCCAGGAUGAGAACACACCCUUUGUGCCCGACAUGAUCGCAUCCAACUUCCUGCAUGCCUACGUGGUGGUGCAGGCUGAGGGCAGGGGGCCCGACGGCCCCUUCUACAAGGUCUCCGUCACUGCGAGAGACGACGUGCCCUUCUUCGGGCCCCCCCUCCCGGACCCAGCUGUGUUCAGGAAGGGGCCUGAGUUCCAGGAAUUUUUGCUGACAAAACUAAUCAAUGCUGAAUAUGCUUGCUACAAGGCAGAGAAGUUUGCCAAACUGGAGGAGCGGACACGGGCCGCCCUCCUGGAGACGCUCUAUGAGGAACUACACAUCCACAGCCAGUCCAUGAUGGGCCUGGGCGGCGACGAGGACAAGACGGAGAACGGCGGCGGUGGCGGUGGCUUCUUCGAGUCUUUCAAGCGGGUGAUCCGGAGCCGCAGCCAGUCCAUGGACGCCAUGGGACUAAGCAACAAGAAGCCCAGCACCGUGUCCACCAGCCAUAGCGGGAGCUUCGCACCCAACAACCCCGACCUGGCCAAGGCGGCGGGAAUAUCAUUGCUUAUUCCUGGGAAAAGUACGAGUAGAUUCGGACGCCGGGGCAGUGCCAUAGGCAUAGGAACCGUGGAAGAGGUUGUCAUCCGCGGGGCCACCGGCUCUGGAGGCUGCCUGCACGCGCUGUUCUCUGCUCACUCUCAGGAUGGAGGCCAUAUUGGGGACGUUGCCCCCCAUUUCCCUGGGACAGGCCCAGGGCAUGCAGGAUGGUGUGCUGGCAGCUCUGAUGGCACUCAGCAUCUGCUUUGGGGCCUGUCACUGAUUGUCCCUGGGAAGAGCCCCACGAGGAAGAAGCCGGGCCCCUUUGGCUCACGCCGCAGCAGCGCCAUUGGCAUCGAGAACAUACAGGAGGUGCAGGAGAAAAGGCCCAGUGCUGAAUCCCCCUGCUGCCCCCGUGUGCCCUGCAGGGAGAGCCCCCCGGCUGGCCAGAAGACCCCAGACAGCGGGCUCGUCUCACAGGAGCCCAGGUCGGAGAACUCAUCCACUCAGAGCUCCCCAGAGAUGCCCACGACCAAGAACAGAGCGGAGACAGCAGCCCAGAGCGCCGAAGUGCUGAAGGACUUCUCUCGCUCCUCGUCCAGUGCCAGCAGCUUCGCCAGCGUGGUGGAGACAGAGGGUGUGGAUGGGGACGAUACAGGCCUGGAGAGCAUCUCGUCCUCCGGGACGCCCCACAAGCGGGACUCCUUCAUCUAUAGCACAUGGCUGGAGGACAGUGUCAGCACUACCAGUGGGGGCAGUUCCCCAGUGAGGUGGCUCCCUCCUGCCCCCCUUCCCAGGCCCCUCACGGUCACCCCACCCAGACGCCAGCAAGUCGGGGGACCCUGCGUGUCCGGAGAUCAAGAUCCAGCUGGAAGCAUCUUCACAGCACUCGCCGCAGCUGGGCUGUUAGCCAGUCUCCCCCUCUGAAGGUGAAACUGAGCAGAUGAGGCCGCAGAAGCACAAGGUGAAGAUGCUGUGUCAAAUCCAGGCAGAUGGGACCUCUGCCCCCAAGGCCAGCCCCAGCCUGCAGGCUGCCCCUGCCUCCCAGCCCUCCCCUGAGCCUGCCCAUCUGGGCUAUCUCUGCAGGGCAGAGCCAUCCAGACCUGGGAGUGGGGAAGCUGCUGGCAUCAUCCUCACCCCCCAGGCUGGGGCAGGGAGUGAUCAGUUGAAGCAGGACUCCAGGCCUGGCUUGCCCUGACCCUGGGCCCUUUUAUCACACAUGCAUGUCCCUCUGGCCUCAGGGGACGCAACACAAGAGGAGGAGGCUGAGAUAUCUCAGUACCUACAGAGCGACUGUGGAGGUGAUGGGAUGUGAGAUGUGGUGGAAUGAGCACUGGGCUUGGAGUCCUGAGUCCUGGCUUCCCAUUAGGAUUCUGCUGUGUGACUCUGGGCAAGUCACUCUCCCUCUCUGGGUACCUCUGCUACAAAUGGACAAGACUAUUUCAGAGGUCACUGAAGACUGUGAUUCCCAUGCCCCUGCCCCAGAAUGAGGAUUAUACUCCUAGGGGCCUCCCCUCAUCCUACCCUGCUUCUUGGGGUCCCUGGAGCCCUAGGUGGGCUGCGGGGCAGGGAGCUGGCUGUGCCCAUUGUCCCUCCUGGACCCUCAAGCUGUACUGCAGAUCUGCCAAUGCCCUGUCUACUGCCUCCCCGUGGCAGACAAGUGACCCUCUUGGCGGGGGAGGGGCCUGCCUAGCUCCUCAGCCAGCACCCACCCUAACCCCUGCCACCCCAUGCUCUCGGCACUCCCAGCCGAGGGGUCUCAGCCGGCCUAGAUUUAUGGGCCUUGCCUUCCUGUGCCCCCAGCGCCCAUGGAGGGGCAGCCAGGCACAGCUGCUGUGAGUCCACAUUCUUGCGUGUGUCUGUCCACACUUUUUAGGCGCCAUGCCAAAGGCCGGCCUUCUGGCCCCAACACCCAUUUUGGAAGCCCCUGUGGCCGUGUGUGUGUCAGUAACAGUUGUACAAAAUAAAUUCUAUUUAUCGCUAUUGUA